AUGGCGGCGGCAGCGGCGGGUCCCGGGAGAGAGCGGGAGCUCCCGCCUCGCAAGGAGGGCACAAGUUCAGAUCAAAUCCUUCAGACGGGAACCAUUCUUCUCAAAAGCUUUAUCAGGGAUCGAAUCCAGUGCUGUGGAGAUUCGGAACGCAUUGAGGUGACGAUGGCAGAGCUGGAUGAUUCAGAGGCUCAGGCUUGUAAUCCCAACACCAAAUCACUAAGCGAGUGCCUGCGCCGGAUUGGAGAUGAGCUGGAUGGAAACACAGAGCUGCAGUGGAUGAUAGAACAAGUUCAGAUGUAUCCCCCCAAGGAAGUUUUCUUUCGAGUGGCGGCUGAGAUGUUCUCGGACGGUGCUUUCAACUGGGGCCGUGUGGUGGCCUUGUUUUAUUUUGCAUGCAAGUUGAUCCUAAAGGUAGUGUGUAGUAAAUUACCAGAGCUCCUAAGGACUGUCAUCAGCUGGACCAUGGAAUAUAUCCAGGAACAUGUCCUGUCCUGGAUCCAAGCCCAAGGAGGAUGGGAAGGCCUCCUCUCCUUUUUCGGCACCCCCACUUGGCAAACCAUUGCUGUCUUUGCUGCGGGGGUCUUGACUGCCUCACUGACCUUCUGGAAGAUGUCUUAAUCCUCAGCCACCUCCAUAAGGAGGACCUUUUCAUUACAAGAACAAGUGGAGGAGGGGCAGGUUCCCCCCCACCCCCAUUUCCUAAGCAAGAAAGAAAACGUUCUAGGAUUCCUUUUCAGACCUGUGUUGGGGAGCUUUUUAAAACAAAUGCUGUUGCUCAUAUUUGGUGCCUUUUUUUCAAAAAAAAGGUGCACACUUUUUUGUUUUGAUGAGUGUGUACUUCUCGCUUUGCUUUCUCCAAUCAAUCAGCCUCUUGGACUUAGAGGUCCGAAGAUGUUAAGAUUCUCUAGUUUUGAAACAAUGACGGAGAACAAGGUGAAGGAUGCCGGUGACUUGCUCUCUCUGCCAGCAGCUUCUGAAUAACUGCUGGAUGUUUAUACUGUUUUUUGGAAGAUUAAUCCCAGAUUUCUUCUGCCAACAAUCCUAGCAAUGCAUUUGUUCAGCAUCUUCAGAUUAGAUGUUUUCUAAGGGAUCCGUGCAAACAAGUUUUGAUAUUUUAUAUUUUCCUUUUCUUGAACAGAAGCUGAAUUUUGGCAAAAUCCUGAUAGAAAACCAAGUUCUCCCCUUACUAAACUUUGCAUAUUAGAAUAAAUUACACUUCUGCUGGUAUAUCUACUUUUUUUUAAUAAAAGAAACUCAGAUCACUGAUCUGGUCACAAUCAAAGUAGAGAAAACCUUUACGAAUCUUUAGCAACUAUUGAUGUGUACAGGACUUUUAGGGCUGACUUUUUACAAAGGAACUGACUGUAUUGCUGGAAAAUGAGAAUUUGGAAGCCAUCUUUCGUUCUGCCAGAUCUGUGUUUCUCUAUAGAAAUGCUCUGAGGGACGCUAAAUAGAAACAUGUUCUAAUCUAAAUGGGUCUGUUCCCAGUC